CCAUCAUCAUCACCAUCAUCAGCCGGGCCGUGUUGUUGUCCUCCCGCCGUGCAGGAAGAGCCGCGCCACGCCUUUCCUCCCUCUCUGCGGGGCGUGUGGGAGACUCUCAGGCCGCCUUGAAGAUACAUCAAGGCCAAGGAAGAUUUUGGGCUGAAGAAGGAGCAGGAGGAAGGCGGGAAGAAGACAGGAGGGCGAAGCAUCUCCCCUCCCAACGAGUUGCGUCAUAGCACAGGACAGCCACGCCAGGCAGGGAAGACAGGAGGGCGAGGAAGGGAAGACAGGAGGACAAGGAGGAGAAAACGGGUUAGACGGACGCCUUGCCACCACACGGCCGCCCCGGGAAGGCAGCAGCUGACUGACUGGCUGGCUGUCACGGGCAGACGCCUUGGUCUCGGCCCUGCUGGCGGGCGGCACCCCAGGCCGGGUGUACACAAGGAAGGUGCAGAGAAGAGGCCAAGGUGGUGAUCUGAGCCCCUCACCUCACCUGCUUGGCCCACCUGCAGGACUCCCUUGGAAGGACAAAUAAACACACAAAGGAGUAACUCAAGACAGGAGUAAAGCAACCCUGAGACUAACUCCAUCUGGGUCAGCAGCAUCUCUUCCUCCCUAGAUACAGGUGUGCUGGUAUCGUCACUGGCCGGACAAGAUGAUGCCUGAAACGAUGGCGAUCAAGGAGGAGACGGAGACCGAGACUGUGUUGGUGGUGGAUGGGAUUGAGGAGGAGGCGACGGACAUAACAGUCACGACGGACAUGGAUGACGUGCCCACCGCCAGCGUCGAGUUGGAGGAGUGCUCCGUCACCUCAAUCUUCGUCCACACGCGGCACGAACUGGGGGACUGUGAUGAGUGCAGGCGACGACUGGCGGGCGUGGAGGGCGGGACGCAGGUGGCCAUGAACAUCACUCAGAAACAGCUGCCGAAGAACUUCAUGUGUCACGACUGCGGGAAGAUGUUCACCAACAAACGCACGCUGACCCGGCACACCCUCACCCACACCGGCAUCAAGAAGUUCGACUGUCCGAAAUGUUUGCGGAAGUUCGGCCGGAAGAGCCACCUGGACCUGCACCUCCUCACCCACUCUGGCAUCAAGAACAUCGAGUGCCCUGAAUGCGAGAAGAAGUUUGCCCGACGGAGCGACUUCACAAAACACGCACUGACCCACACCGGCGCCAAGAACUUCGAGUGCGAGGACUGCGGCAAGACGUUCGGGCGGAAGAGCCACCUGGAAAUGCACUCCGUCACCCACACGCAGAUCAAGGAGUUCCAGUGUAUGACGUGUGGGAAGAUGUUCGCCCGCAAGCAUGACCUCACCAAACACGCGCACAUUCACACGGGGGUCAAAAGCUUCAUCUGCAUGGAGUGUGGGAAGUGUUUUGCUCGGAAGGCUCAUCUCCAGGUGCAUAAGCUGGUCCACACGGGCGUUAAGGACUACGAAUGUAUUCACUGUGGGAAGUUCUUUGCACGGAGCAGCGACCUCAACAAGCACAUCCUCACCCACACCGGCGAGAGGCGGUUCGAGUGCGUGGAGUGCCUCAGAACCUUCCUCCGCAAGAGUCACCUCAAGAGCCACAGCCUCAUCCACUCUCAGAUGAAGACCUUACAGUGUCCAUACUGCGGGAACAUGUUUGCACGGAAGAGCGACCUCAAAAAACACAUCCUUAUUCACGAUUCGCAAUAACAACAUGAACUUGGAGUGCUCGGUAUGCAUGAAUAAGUUAACACAGAACAGGGCCCAAAAAAAACACUUAUUUGCGUCUCUGGUGAGGAAUGGGGGAUGUGUCAAGCCAGGUGUUUGUGAAGGGGUGCUCUGAGAUGAUGGUUAAAUGCCCUGGAGAUAGACAACUAGUGAUGGGGUGGUGGUGAUGGACAAACUCUUAACUCUUAGCAUCAGCAUUGCCGUUGUUUUGGUUGCAGUGGUAGUUGUCCCGAGAUUAGGUUAACCGCCAUCUGAUCUAUACACUUAUACGAUAUUCAUGUGUCCCUAGCUACCCAUUUAUCUAAGUACAUAUUCAUUAGUGUCCAUUUAGUAGUAUCUAUCAUAUACUAAGCUGUGUCUAUUCAUCUUAUACCUAUCGCACUGUUUCUUCACUUGUCCUUAUCUGUGUUUAUUCACCUAGAUAUUUUUCUCUCAAACUGUUUAUCAUUUGCCAAUUCAGAACUCAAUCAAGUUUUUUUUUUCCUUGCAUUCUUGUAUACUGAAAUCUCCCUCUCUCUCUCCUUCCCCAUUCCACCCAACCUCCUCCUCUGUAAUAUCCCAAACUCCUCUGUAAUAUCCCAAUCUCCUUCCCUGUAAUAUUCCAACCUCCUUCUCUGUAAUAUUCCUCUACUUAUCACUAAGGCAUGGAAACAAACCUCACAUAGUCUUGCUGUCCUCAUUAGAAAGUGGUAUGAAGAGGAGAGAGAGAAGAGUGUCCUGUAAUAUUAAUAUCAUACAUACAUAGUCAUUCAUAGCUGCAAGGUAUUUCGAGGUCAGCGUGUCGCGAACGCUCCGUCUCGUCAAAACGCAUCUUCAUAUUGGAUUUCCAGUGCCUCUGUAGCCUAGUAGUUUGUGUGCCUUAAUGCCCUGCUGAUAACUUGUAGACAUGCACUUGAUUCCCUUCUUUGUGUUGAGAACUUGAGAGGCACACUACACUCCCACUUGUGUUAAUCGUGUGUUCUCUUCUUUGUACGGCGAGACAAGCUGGUUUGGUACAGAGACCGUGGCAUAUGGUUACGUCACUUUCGGUCCUCUCAAGUGUACAGUGCGUUCAGAGCCACAAACAACACCACACUCGCACUCGUUUCAUAAUUACGAUUGCAAUUUGUAGGGCAAGAAGAUGAGGUGGUAUGGUACAGAAUAUGGUGCAUGAUUUCUUUAUUUACCUGUCUGGUCACCUGCGUGUUGCGUUGAUGAGAGCUGUGUCGCACUUCCACUUGUGUUUCGUAAGUGUGUUAUCACCUUGACGGACAGGACGAGCUGGUUUGGUAGAGCGUGGCGCGUGACUACACUGUUUACCUGUCUCCUCACCUGUUGUGUUGAGCUGUGUCGCAUUUCCACUUGUGUUUCGUAAGUGUGUUCUCACCUUGACGGACAGGACGAGCUGGUUUGGUAGAGCGUGGCGCACGAUUACACUGUUUACCUGUCUCCUCACCUGUGUUGUGUUGAUGAGAGCUGUGUUUCACUUUCACUUGUGUUUCGUAAGUGUGUUCUCACCUUGACGGACAAGACGAGCUGGUUUGAUAGAGCGUGGCACAUGAUUACACUGUUUACCUGUCUCCUCACCUGUUCGUUGUGUUGCGAGCCACACCGCACUUUUAUUCGUGUUUUGUAAUCGUGCGUUGUCACUCUUAGGGGUAAGACGUGAUUAUAUUACUCAUCUGUUUUCUUCCUCUCACCUGAUUUUCAACCCGAGUUUCUUAGCACCACACUUGUUUCCUUUCACUGUGCACUCCCUGUUUUGCUACGUUGAAUUGUGUUUGGGUAUUUGCAAGUUGAGACGUGGGUUAGGUUAGUAAGUACAGCAUAUAUGAAUUAAUAUUUGUAUCGUUUUCACACUCGAGUGGGUGAAGAAGGGAGGGAACAUAAGCGCUGAUGAUGAAGUUGUAAGCAAGAUGAAUAGAGCAGAAGUGGAUGAAGAGGCUACAAAAGAGAUGAAAAGGUGGAGUGAGUAAGAAAGAAUUGAUAAGUGAAGGGAAGGCAUCAAACACUGAGAAUAUUAUGAGGCAGGAGAAAGGAGGAAGAGGAUUAAGAGAUUUAUAAGAGGAUUAAGAGGAUUACGAAUUUUAGAGUAGAAAUGGAUGACUGUGACGAAGGAAAUGUUAAAAAAAAAUCCUAGACGAGACAGAAAAAAAGAAAAUUCAAGUCGAAGAUUUUAACACAAACCGAAAAACAACUAAAAUUUUAAGGAUAGAGAAAAGAAGAACGAGGAAAGGAACGCAUUUUCCCGAGAGUGCAGUCAAGUAUAGCGGCCAACCAAAGAGGACGUGAAGUGAACUAGCCCAGGGUUACCUCAGGGUUGGGUGCCUGACCAUAGGGAGCGAUAGGAGACCAGGAUGUAAAUAAGACAAACAAGGCUGAGAGGUGAUACUUAAAAGCCUUAUACAGUGAUUUACCUUUUUUCUUACACUCGAGGAAACAUAUCAACGGCAAAAGAAAGAUACAGAAAAACCAAAGCCCACUAGCAUAGAAAGUGAUAAAGACCAGAAUGUAAAUAAAGUAGAGAAGGCUGAGAGAUGACACAUUAUAGCCUUGUACAGUGAUUUACCUUUUUUACACUCGAGGAAACAAAGCAAGGGUAAUAAAAAGAUACAGAAAAAACAAAGCCCACUAGCAUAGAAAGUGAUAGAGACAGUGCAGCGAGGAGACCAGAAUGUAAAUAUGACAAACAAGGCUGAGAGGUGGGGCGGAUUUAUGGUGUGUGGGGCCCAAUGCCAGUGGGAAUGCGUGGCCCUAAACAGGACCUCAAAGCUGCAUGGGGUGUCAUUUAUAAGUUAAUUAUAAUCAAGAUAAUCAUCAAACUAAUUGUAAUUACAUAUUUGUAAAUUCAUGAAACUAAAUAAUGAAAAUAAUUUUGUUCAUUAAUUACAAAACUAUAUGUCUAUUAUUUAUGGAAGAAAAUAUUAAUUGCUAAAUUGAUCUAAAUAAGUUCUAGUUUUAUUUUAUUUGUAUUGUGAUUUUUUGUGACAGGAAAAACAACAAACAAAUAACAAAUUAACGAGUAACUAAUAAAAAUACUUGUUUCCUAAUAAUACCGUACCCCAAAAAAGUUCUACCCUACGGACCAAGGUGCCCUUGUAGCCUUUCAGGUGCACGGAACCUUGUGGGCGUGGGGCCCUUGUGUGCGCGGGGCCUGAGGCCAUGGCCUUCUCGGCCCCUCCCUAAAUCCGCCACUGCUGAGAGGCGACACUUCAUAGCCUUGUACAGUGAUUUACCUUUUCUUAUUACACUCAAGGAAACAAAUCAAAGGCAAAAAAAAGAUACAAAAAACAAAGCCCACUAGCAUAGAAAGUGAUACAGACAGUGCAGCGAGGAGACCAGAAUGUAAAUAAGACAAACAAGGCUGAGAGGUGAUGGUACAUAGCCUUACACUGUGAUCUUUUUUCCCGACAAAGACAGCUCAUCGGCAAAAAAAGAUCCAGAAAAAAUACAAGCCCACCAUAUGACAAUGUGUAUCAAACUGUAUAUGUAUUUAGUGAACACAUCAAUGGUUACUGCCUUGAUGGAUUAAUUAAUUAUAUGUUUAGUAUGCAUGAAAUGUGUAUAUAGGGGAAGGUAUAUAUCUCAUCUCUUAUUUUGGAUGUCUUUAAAUCGUGGUGAGGCGUUACAGAGUUUUCUUGAGUGUCCGGUGAAAAAGAUAAAGAAAAUGGGUUACGUAUCUUUAUCUAAAUUCUGCUGAUGUGCUACAGAUUUUUCUCGUGUCUGCCCAGCGAAAUAAUAUAGAAAAUGAGAUAUAACUUUAAUAUAAUUCUGGCAAGUUGUUACGGGCUUUUCUCAUGUCAGCUCAGCAAAAUAAUAAGAAGAUGGACCCAUGUUGUUACGUCGCUAAAUCUUGGUGAGGUUAUAGAUUUUUAUUGAGUCUCCCUGGUGAGGCAACAUAGAAAAUGGGUCACUCUUGCUGCUGCUGCUUGGUCUUGGUCUUGGUUAUCAGAGGCAUUCAUUCCUGAUGCCUCAAUAAAGGACUGUGUCAACUCUAACUGCUUUCUAGUAAAUAAUGGUACACAAUAAUUAUGUAUGUGCUUUUUUUUCUGUUAAGGGCAUCACUUAUUCAGAUGUAGCAGGUAUAUAUACUUUAUCUCUAUGGCAGUAUCAGUAGGUAUUGAUGAAUUAUUUAGUCUACGUUUAUUAGAUUCAAGAGAAAGAAUUGGUUUACACAUUGAAAUUCAGUUCUCUUGUCUGGUGCUCGGAAGUUAAGUUUAAAUCAGUUUGUCGAGUUAUACACAUGUUAUAAAGGUGUCAUUUUUUUCCUUAAAGACUUUGAUAGUGGAAUGAUUAUGCAGGUCAAUGUAUAGAGUAUAUCCACACAUCUUGCUGAAUGAAAGACACUCACAAUCGCUGGUAUUUCUUGCUCUGAAAAUUUGUUAAUGUCUGUAAUGCAAAAUUUGAGAAUAAAGGAGAAAAUGUGUAGUUUUUUUUCCUUUGAAUUUGACUGCGGAAUAACUCUGCAGGCAAUAUAUAUCCACACGUAUUGCAGCAUGAAAGACACUCACAAUCGCUGAUAUCUCUUGCCCUGAAAAUUUGUUAAUGUCUGUAAUGCAAAAUUUGAGAAUAAAGGAGAAAAUGUGUAUUUUUUUUUCCUUUGGCCGUGGAAUAAUUCUGCAGGCAAUAUAUAUCCACACGUAUUGCAGCAUGAAAGACACUCACAGUCGCUGAUAUCUCUUGCCCUGAAAAUUUGUUGAUGUCAGUAAUGCAAAAUUUGAGAAUAAAGGAGAAAAUGUGUAGUUUUUUUCCUUUGAAUUUGACCGUGGAAUAACUCUGCAGGCAAUAUAUAUCCACACGUAUUGCUGCAUGAAAGACACUCACAGUCGCUGAUAUCUCUUGCCCUGAAAAUUUGUUGAUGUCAGUAAUGCAAAAUUUGAGAAUAAAGGAGAAAAUGUGUAUUUUUUUUUCCUUUGACUGUGGAAUAAUUCUGCAGGCAAUAUAUAUCCACACGUAUUGCAGCAUGAAAGACACUCACAGUCGCUGAUAUCUCUUGCCCUGAAAAUUUGUUGAUGUCUGUAAUGCAAAAAUUGAGAAUAAAGGAGAAAAUAUCUUUUUUUUACCUUCGAAUUUAAUCAUUGAAUAAUCCUGCAAGUAUUGUAUAUUCACAUGUAUUGCUGCAUGAAGGACACUCACAGUUGCUGAUAUCUCUUGCUGUGAAAGUCUAUGAAUGUGUGUAAUGCAAACUUUGAGAAUAAAGGAGAAUUAUGA